AUGUGCGCCAGUGUAAAGCGAGUCCGUGCGUUUGCACGAGCCAAACCGACAGCUGAGUUUCCUCAAGACAUGAUCAAGUUCGGGGCAGACAAUAAGACGAUAGAGGUAUACGUUGAGAGAGACCGCUCCAAAGGAGUUGUGAACAACAAGCAGACAGACUGGUCGUUUAAAUUAGAUGGUGUUCUUCAUAACGCAUCUCAGGACGUAGUUUAUGAUGCAGUAGCCAGAGAUCUGGUUUCCCAAGCUCUUAAUGGAUAUAACGGCACUAUCAUAUGCUAUGGGCAAACCGGAGCUGGCAAGACAUUCACCAUGACGGGAACAACGGGAAACUACAAACACCGAGGGAUCAUACCCCGAGCAAUACAGCAGGUGUUCAAAUCAAUGGAAGAACAUGGGAGUCAGUUCAUCACUGUUCGGAUUUCUUACCUGGAGAUCCACAACGAGACCAUCUUUGACCUUUUAUCCGCAACACCCCCUGGCAUGGCCAACGACGCGCCGCUCUCUGUAGCCGAGGGCCUCCAAGGGAUCUCUGUCAAAGGCCUCACCGUACAUCCCGCCCCCUAUGAAGAAGUAGCUUUAAAUCUCUUGUUUGAGGGUGACACCAAUAGAUCUGUCGGCCAACACACCCUGAACAGAUAUUCCUCCAGGUCCCACUGCAUCUUCACCAUUUACAUUGAGUGUCAUUCCAGGGUAAUUUCAGAUUCCAGAUAUGUCGUCUCCAAAAUUAACCUCGUGGAUCUAGCAGGCUCGGAGAGGCUGGCGAAGACCAAAUCGGAGGGAUUUGGCUUGAGGGAAGCCAGGUACAUCAACAAGUCUCUGUCGUUCUUUGAACAAGUCGUCAUCGCGCUGUCGGAUCGUAACCGGGAACAUGUCCCGUUCCGCCAAAGCAAGCUCACCUAUACCCUGAAGGAUUCAUUAGGUGGGAAUUGCAAUACUGUCCUCGUGGCUAAUAUCUGCAGCGAAGCCGUUCACAUCGUAGAGACGCUGUCCACGCUCCGUUUUGCUACCAGGAUGAAAUGGGUGACGACGACGCCCGUGGUGAAUGAGAAAAUCGACUCGGAGCGAAUGGUGAAAAACCUGGAAAAAGAGGUUCACUGCCUGAAGGAGGAGCUGGCGAUGCACAACAGCUUGCUCAAUCGCCCUCCGGUGUCCUACGAGCCCCUAAACGAGAUACAGAUAGCAGAGAUCAACUCUCAAGUCCGCCGGUUCCUCGACGGAUCCAUAGAUGAGUUAGACGUUCUGAGCAUCAGACAACUCCAUGAAGUGUUUAACCAGUUCAAAUUGAUUUUGAGCCAACAAGAGCAGGAAGUGGAAGCCAGAUUGCGGAGCAAAUACACUCUCAUAGACAAAAAUGACUUUGCAACUCUGUCUGCAGUUCAAAAGGCAGGGCUGGUGGAUGCUGACGGCCACCUGGUUGGGGAAAUUGACGGGCAAGGAUUCGGCCUUGGCCUCGCUCCGUUCUCAUCCAAGCCUGGCGGGAAGAAAAUGAAAGCCAAGAAGGGCAAAGAACAAGUCAGCCCCACCGCACGGAAGGAAGGCCUGGCCAGCCCCCUUUCGGUGAAGGAUAUGGAUACCGUUUCCCUGUCUCGCAGCCAGGUGGUGGCCAUCCCCAAGGACCUGGAUGCAAAGGAGGCCCGGGACCAGGAGGUCCUCAGUCUUGAGACGCAUCGCUCCGAAUCUGCAAAAGACGACUCCAGCACCAGGCCCAGUUCCCCACCUGCCAGGGGAACAGCCUUUGAGGAAUUCAAGAAUGAGCGGGGAAGUGAGAUCAACCGGAUCUUUAAGGAGAACAAAACCAUCCUGAAUGACCGCAGGAAGAAAAUGAACGAGGCGGCCGAGAGGCUGAACCUACUCAAGCAGGCAAUGGACACCACCAAGCAGGCGCUGGAAGCCCAGAAAUUUGACCGGGAGCAGCAGGGAGAAUACCUGAACGACGAAGGGCAAAUCAUCAUUGACGAAGAGGAAUUCCUGUUGUACAUGAAGCUGCAGGAUCUGAAGAAGCAAUGCCGAGCGGACUACCAUGAGUUGCACAACCUCCGGUCUGAAGUCCAGUACUGCCAGCACCUGGUGGAUCAGUGCCGCAGCAGGCUGCUCACAGAAUUUGAGAUAUGGUACAACGAGUCCUUCCUCAUCCCGGAUGAAGUCCAGGAGGCGCUGCGACCCGGAGGAUCCAUCCGGCUUGGCAUGAUUCCAAUCAACCGAGUCCUGACUCUGGAUGAAGACGAACAGGAGAGGUUUGACCGGAUGCAACAGGAAGUGCUCCCAUUCUGCCCGGCUUCUGUCUCCUUCUACAAUGCCAAAGCAAAGGUUGACCGGAAGCACAAGUACUCACGAGCCAUGACUGCCCUUGAGCAAAUGAGGAAGAAGCCGGGAUCUGUCCAAGCGGCGGUGAAGAACAAACCGCCAUCUGUCCUUGACGUCGUGUAGCCGCGCCAGAAUGAGUUUUGUCUCGUAGUUUUACAAGUGGAACUAAGCAAACAAGACUUCAAAGUACCAGUCAAAAUAUAUUUAUUUUCAGGAUAGGUAGCAUAAUAAAACCUCUGGGGCGUGUUAAGUAAUAUUAAAAACACUCUGGUACAAACCUCGUUUCUCCAAGCGGUAUUAAGAAGAGAUGGAGGAGUAAAAUGACACGCAGACGGCCGAA